UGCUUUAAUCUGGUCAAAGUAGUCUACUUCCAGUACCAAGUCCGCCAAAAGUCUGAUCCCAGUAUCCCAACACGUUUUAACGUCAACAAAACCUUCAAGAUGGCAACUCCAUCAACCACACAUCCUGAAUCGACACCAUCCCACGACAACGAGUCAAGAGCUUCGACUAUUGCUGAGCCAUCACUAAACAACAAUGAUAUCAAGACCGAGAAGAACGUCUCAGAGAAGCUCGAGGAUGGAGGAAAGCCCGUAGAUGACACAGAGUAUCCGACAGGACUCAAGUUCGCCUGCAUCAUGUCGUCUGCCUUCAUGUGCAUGUUUUUGACUUCCUUGGAUCGCAUGAUUAUCACAACAGCCAUCCCCCAAAUCACCGACGAGUUCCACUCCGUCACUGACAUAGGCUGGUACGGAUCGGCAUAUCUCCUUACCCAGUGCGCUUCACAACUCCUCUUCGGCAAACUCUACACGUUCUUCAGCGUCAAGGGCACGUUCCUUACUUCCCUUUUCCUCUUCGAAGUUGGAUCCGCAAUCUGUGGCGCGGCUCCAAAUUCAGUGUCAUUCAUCAUUGGGAGAGCCAUUGCUGGACUUGGUGCGGCUGGUAUCCUCAGCGGCGUAGUUGUCAUCAUCGUGCAUGCCGUCCCGCUUCGCAAACGUCCCACAUACCAAGGAUUCUUCGGUGCCAUCUUCGGCGUCUCUUCCGUGGUCGGACCACUGCUUGGAGGCGUCUUCACCUCAAAAGUCACCUGGAGAUGGUGCUUCUAUAUCAACCUCCCCUUGGGAGGCUUGGCAGGCAUCAUCAUCUUCUUGAUCCUUGCCAUUCCUGACAGAGAUACCACAAAGCUUGAUUUGAAGUCCAAGCUGGCGCAGCUUGACUUUUUUGGUACCGCUCUGCUUAUCCCUGGAUCAGUGUCUCUCAUUCUGGCCAUGGAAUGGGGUGGCUCGACGUAUGCUUGGAAUAAUUGGAGAAUCAUUCUUCUGUUGGUGCUCGCAGUUAUUCUUCUCGCCGGGUUUGCCCUGGUCCAGAUCUUCAUGCCCAAGACAGCCACGCUCCCUGGCAGAAUCUUUACGCAGCGCAGUAUCCUAGCAGGUGUCUACGCUACCAUCUGCAAUGGAUCGCAACUGAUGAUAUUCUCCUACUAUCUACCGAUCUGGUUCCAGGCUAUCAAAGGCGUCUCAGCUGUCGAGUCCGGAAUCCGUCUCCUACCCCUCAUGCUCUCAAUGGUAGUCGCCACGCUCAUGACGGGCGCCCUUGUUCGUCGCAUCGGCUACUACACACCAUUCAUGAUCGGAGGUAUCUGCCUAAUGGCUGUCGGUGCUGGGUUGAUUUACACAUUCGAGGUCAACACUGACAGCAGCAAAUGGAUUGGAUACCAAAUCAUCUACGGAUUCGGAUUGGGCCUGUCAACACAAGCACCAAACCUAGCAGCCCAGACAGUCUUGCCGAAGAAGGAUGUGCCGGUGGGAAUCUCCCUCAUGUUCUUCGGCCAGCUCAUUGGCGGAGCCAUCUUCCUGGCUGUUGCUCAGAACAUCCUCAAUACCCAGCUGCUUGAGCGACUCUCUUCAGUUCCCGGGCUUGAUGCCCAGAAGAUUUUGGACAACGGUGUUACCUCCCUAACAAACCUCCCCGCCGCCAUCAAGGAUACAGCUCUGAUUGCUUACAAUGAGGCGAUCAGACAUGUAUUUCUGGUUGGCCUGGUCCUCGUGUGUCUCGCCAUCUUUGGUGCUUUGGCUUUGGAGUGGAGGAGCGUUAGGCAACCUGAAAACAACAAGGGCAGCAGCAAAGCAUAG